CAAUAAACUAUUACAAAAAACUGAACAAGGAGGGUGAAUAACAACAGACGAAAAGGAAAAAAGAGGUGUAUAGGAACGGGAAAGGUUUUUAAGUUUUUACCUGUGUAUGUUCGGUGAUCAAAUGUCGGGAGAUCACGGUAGUCCCGCGAUGAGAUCAUUUCGUCGUAACAGCUUGAUUGCAUUUCGUCGUAGCAACUUGGGUAACUUAUAUCAAUCAUUUAUCAAACGCACGAAUUCGACUAGUACGAGGAAAAUGACAGAUGCGCAUACGACUGCAACAGAGGUUAGCGAGAAGGAACGAACACCGUCCUUUCCACUUCGCACAAUAUCUGCCAUGACUUCUUUGCCAGAUGUUGAUGAUGAUGAAGCUGGACCUAGCACUAUAAAACAUUCCAUUACACCCGUACCACGAACGCCAUUGGUCUUACAACGUACAGAAUCAAAUACAUCGUUUCUUUCGCGGUUGAGUAGUCGAUUACGACGUUCAUUUCAUUUACCCUCAAAUAAACGUGAACAAUUCGUAAAGUUUCUAGCAGGUGAUGAAGUGGCGGUUAACGAGAAUGCAAAACCACCACUACUUCAUGAAUCUGGCAGGGAAACAUUCACAAAUUAUGCCAAUAUCAAGAUUAUUAGUGACGAUGAAUCAUACGGCAACAUCGAAUUGAUUCAGCAAAUUCUGCGCCGGAAUCGACCCGAUGAAAUAAAAAAACUGCUUCGGAAAACAAAUUGGCCAGUAGGACAUAGAAUACGAGCAGAUUUGUGGCAAGAAAUCUGUAAAUUAAACAAUCCAGAUUUUAAUGCAUAUAGAGGUAGUUAUCAAUCGGAAUCUGAAGGAUGGGAAGAGCAAGUCGGGCAUUCUUCAUUAAAAGCUCGUUUUCUGCAAUCUUCGGAUACUAUCGAUGAAUGUUAUGAAUUGAAUGCAAAUGGCUUAAAAGCACUACAUCGUCUUAUUCGUGCUUUAGAUGUUACGAUUCCGACAUUAAACUAUGCACCUUUGGUACAUCCCAUACUUGCGUUAUUUUUGCAUUUUAUGAAUGAGGAUGAUGCAUAUGCUUGUGCCGUUUGGAUCCUUAAAAAUCAUCCAAAUUAUAUGAAAGAUUCUGCUUUGGCAAACAAAGCUGCGGCACAUACAUUGCUUGCACUUGUGAAAGUGUACAAGGCAGCAGUUUACAAAACACUAAAAAAUUGGAUUGGGUCGUCUGACGAAAACAUCCUGGCAAGAGCUUUGCAAAGUUGGCCUAGAUGGAUAUUUUGCGCCUUGCCAUUUGAAUAUUUAGUUUGUGUUAUUGAUUGCUACUUAUAUGAAGGAAGCAAAGUAUUAAUGAGAGUUGCUAUCACACUGCUUAACAGAUGGCAUAAAAACAAUAAAAUACCGAAUGAUUUGGCUGGUAAAACUUGCCAAGAACGAAUUGAUUUAUUUGCGGAAAGAAUUGUGCAGAGCGUGAAACAUGAAAAUAUUUCUGUUACAUCUUUACUUAAUGCUGCUGUAAAAAUUCGGAAUUUUAGUGGCUCAAAAAUUGCUCGUUUUCAGAACAGAUAUGAGAAGAUGAUUUUGGAAUUAGAAGGUCCCGGCGUUCCAACGGUAGAUUUACUAGCCAUGCAUAUAAAGCCCUUUGUUUCAAGCAUCGUUUCAUCACAAGUUGCUUUUCAAUUAAUGUGCCAUUUACCGGAAAAGAAUCAGUUGGAAACUCCGAUGCUAAUUUAUCAUCUUUACGAUGAUGGGACUUCAUUCUAUCAUUUGUGGUCGAAGAUCGAUGAAGCAGAAUCAACGUUGUUAAUUAUCAAGACUGAUAAUAGUGAAGUUUUGGGGGCCUUCUGUGACGAACCAUGGGGGAAUCGAACAAAAACACGUGAACGUGGGAAUGGAAAAUACUUUGGCGGUGGUCUUUCGUUUGUUUGGAAUUUAGAUGAAAAUAAUCAAGUUAAUAAAUAUGACUGGAAAGAAAAUCAAGCUGAAUGUUUUAUGGCUGCUCCUUAUGAGCGAGAGCCUACUGUUUUAAUGAUUGGUGGGAAUGCAAUAUAUAUUAUCGGUGAAUUGAUAAAUGGCUCAAGCUUGCCGGGCAACACAUUCCAAAAUCCAGAACUAGUGAAAGGUGGUAGAUUUAAAAUCGAUGAUCUGGAGGUAUUUCAAGUGUUUGAGUAAGCUGAAGAAAAGUCAAAGGCAGAAUGUGAAGAGAUUUGUAAAAACAUAUGGCUGAAGCUUGAGAGGAAAAUCUCUUCCUUUCCCAGACUUUUUUUUGAUUGCAC